GCGUAAUUCGGUAAAUUGCGAUUCACUAAUGUUCGACAAGGAUGAAUCGUCAAAUGAAGCCAUCCACAAGGAAAGUGGUAGUAGCACUGCCAGUGGCUUAUUUAUGGUUACCGGGAAUCGGCGCUCUGCUAAUUUCCAUAGCAACCUGGAUUUAACG